GCUUGCAAAAAAAUGUACUGUGUAUGUGUUUGUGCUUGCAUUUCUUACCCUACUCGUCCUCUGUCAUCCCCCCUCCACCCCCCACUCAUCACUCCAUCAUCAUCGCAUUCCCUUCAACUCAUUUUUUCAUGAUUAAAGAUUAUUAUCCGAGUGACGGGCUAAAGAGUGCUGUUUAGGCGCUGUAAAGGCGUGUGAAAAACAAUAAAAAUUCUAUUUCAUGUGGAAAUAAUUGUGAAAAAUUUUGCUAUGAAUAGUUCGUCAAGGUAUGCGACAAAAUGCAAUGAGGGAGGGAGUGGCCUUGUUUACUUGCAAUACCCCCCACACAUGGUCAUAGCAGCGUGUUUAAAAAAUCUUGUUGUUACUGGAUGGUUUCAUCCUACAAUAUCCGGCAUUGAAGCAGAAAAAUUAUUAUUGGAACAGGGUUUUGAUGGUUCGUUUUUAGCACGUUUGUCUUCUUCAAAUCCGGGCGCUUUUACCUUAUCAGUUCGGAGAGGGCAGGAAGUGACACAUAUUAAAAUACAAAAUAAUGGUGAUUUUUUCGAUCUCUAUGGUGGUGAAAAAUUUGCCACAUUACCUGAGCUGGUACAAUAUUAUAUGGAAAAUGGUGAAUUGAAAGAAAAAAAUGGUCAAGUGAUUGAACUAAAGCAACCGUUAAUAUGUGCUGAACCCACCACGGAAAGGUAA